CAGUGACCCCCCACACCCCCAGUGACCCCCAAUAACCCCAAACUAAGCCUCACCCCGCCCUGCCUGACGUGUUACUGUGAAAACAACAACAACAACAUCAACCACCAGUGGAUUGGUAAACAUUCCCAGUCUGGGCUCCAUGGGGCCCCUGAGGGUGGAGGGCCCCUGAUGGUGGAGGGCCCCCCAUGCUUACUGUGACCCCCCAAUAACAGACACUAAUGGUUAAUGUGGCCAUGGAAGGCACCAGGGUCCAUGAAUCUUCCCCAACAUCAAAUCAUCAAAAUGAACCCUUCCUCCUCCUCCCAGCAGACAGGGAGGACGGUGAACUGGAAGAAGGCGAGCUUGAAGAUGACGGUGGAGAGGAUGGAGGUCGUGAGGCUGCAGAGCCUCAGGCUCCCCAAGAAAAGGGAGAAAAGCACCACAGUGACUCGGACGAGGAGAAAGCUCACCGCAGGAUGAAAAGGAAACGCAGGAAGGAGAAGGAGAAACGAAGAGCAAAGAAGAAAAGGAAGUCCAAACACAAGCGUCACGCAUCCUCCAGCGAAGACUUUUCCGACUAUAGCGAUGAAUCUGACUUCAGUCCUAGCGAGAAAGCUCAUCGGAAAUAUCGCGAAUACAGUCCCACCUUCCCUCCGGGACACCCACCUUACCCACCUCCACCUCCGCACAAUGCCCCCCUUCCAAAGAAGGGCUACCCCAAGAUGGAGAGCAAAGGCUAUGGCAUGUAUGACGAUUACGAAAAUGACCAGUAUGGAGACCAGUAUGGCGAAUACGAGAAUGAAGGUGGGGAUGACAUGGGCCAAGAGGAGUAUGAUGACUUUGCAAAGGAAUUAAAUCAGUACAGAAGAGCAAAGGAGGGCAACCAUCGUGGGAGAGGCAUGCGUGGUCGAAUGAGAGGCAUGCGAAUGCGCGGUGGGAGGGGCAUGAUGCGAGGAAGAGGAGGUUUCAGGGGUAGAGGGGGUAGAGGAAGAGGAUUCCCGGGAGAAGAGCAUCAAGAUGAUGAGGAGAUGUAUGAGGAGGAAAUGGAGUAUUGUGAUGAAGAGCCAAUGGACGACGAGGAAUAUGAUGACUAUUCCAAGGAGCUCAACCAGUAUCGCAGGUCAAAAGAUGGCAGAGGCCGCGGUUUCUACCGAGGUCGUGGUCGCGGCCCACGAAUGAGAGGGUAUAAGGGUAUGGGAAGAGGACGUGGACGAGGCAGAGGGAAAGGAGAUGAUGAAGAUUACUAUGAUGAGGAAGGAGAUGGAGGUAUGUAUCGCAAUGACUAUGAGAAACCUCACCAUCGGGCAGACAAAAAAGGCAAAGUCAUCUGCAAGUACUUUGUGGAGGGACGCUGUACCUGGGGUGAGCACUGUAAUUUCAGCCACGAUGUUGAAGUACCUAGGCGCCGCGGACUCUGCAAAUUCUAUGUUACUGGAUACUGCGCUCGAGCAGACAAUUGCCCAUACAUGCACAAUGAAUUCCCUUGCAAGCUCUAUCACACAACUGGCAACUGUAUCAAUGGCGAUGAGUGUAUGUUCUCCCAUGAUGCUCUGACAGACGAAACACAAGAACUCCUGGAUAAGAUUUUGGCUGAGGAUGCAGAGGCUGGGGCGGAAGAUGAGAAAGAUGUUGAAGAACUGAAGAAGCAAGGCAUCAAUCCAUUGCCAAAACCACCCCCAGGAGUAGGGUUAUUGCCAACACCAUCCAUUCCACCUCCUGCACCAUCAUCCCCUACUGAGGACAUGUCCCCACCACCUGGGCCAAGUGGACCUGUGCCUGUUGCACCUGUAUCAGGUGUUUCAGGGCCUGUAAAUCCUGCAUCUGGAGGAGCAGUUCCUGGUGGUUCCUUACCAUGCGGCCCCUCGUCACCAGAAGAGCCAGGUGGCUCGGUGACUGGCAGUUCUGGAUCAUCAGGGCCUUGUGGACCCGUUUGUGGCAGUCCUUGUGGGCCAAUGUCAGGGGGUCCCAUGUCUGGCGGUCCUAUGCAGGGAGGCCCCAUGCAUGGCGGUCCCAUGCAGGGAGGCCCCAUGCCUGGCGGUCCUAUGCAGGGAGGUCCCAUGUCUGGCGGUCCUAUGCAGGGAGGUCCCAUGUCUGGCGGUCCUAUGCAGGGAGGUCCCAUGUCUGGUGGUCCUAUGCAGGGAGGUCCCAUGUCUGGCGGUCCUAUGCAGGGAGGUCCCAUGUCUGGCGGUCCUAUGCAGGGAGGUCCCAUGUCUGGCGGUCCUAUGCAGGGAGGUCCCAUGUCUGGCGGUCCUAUGCAGGGAGGUCCCAUGUCUGGCGGUCCUAUGCAGGGAGGUCCCAUGUCUGGCGGUCCUAUGCAGGGAGGUCCCAUGUCUGGCGGUCCUAUGCAGGGAGGUCCCAUGUCUGGCGGUCCUAUGCAGGGAGGUCCCAUGUCUGGCGGUCCUAUGCAGGGAGGUCCCAUGUCUGGCGGUCCUAUGCAGGGAGGUCCCAUGUCUGGCGGUCCUAUGCAGGGAGGUCCCAUGUCUGGCGGUCCUAUGCAGGGAGGUCCCAUGUCUGGCGGUCCUAUGCAGGGAGGUCCCAUGCCUGGCGGUCCGAUGCAGGGAGGUCCCAUGCCUGGCGGUCCGAUGCAGGGAGGUCCCAUGCCUGGCGGUCCGAUGCAGGGAGGUCCCAUGCCUGGCGGUCCGAUGCAGGGAGGUCCCAUGCCUGGCGGUCCGAUGCAGGGUGGUCCCAUGCCUGGCGGCCCGAUGCAGGGUGGUCCCAUGCCUGGCGGUCCCAUGCCCGGCAGUCCAAUGCAUGGCGGCACCAUGCCCGGCGGUCCCAUGUCUGGCGGACCCAUGCAAGGCAAUCCUAUGCCUGGAUGUCCAAUACCUGGUGGUCCUAUGAUGGGUGGUCCCAUGCCUCCAGGAUCAAUGCUACCAAUGCAAGGAGGACCGUGUGAACCCAUGCCAUCUGGUGGCCCAAUGCAUCCUUGCCCUGGAGGUCCAAUGCCCCCAUUGCAAGCAGGUUCUGGUGGACAGAUGCCUGGAAGCCCAGGAAGUGGGGGUUCUGGGAUGAUGGAUCAAAUGCCAGGAAGCCCCAUUUCUGGAAGUCAGCAGUCUAUGGAUCUACAGAUGUGCCAGAGAAAAAUACCAUCCCUGUUUGAGAUUGUUGUCCGUCCCACAGCCCACCUGGCUCACAAGCUUGGUGUCAGUCGCCCGCCAGGACCACCUGGAGGUCCACCAGGUCCCCCUCCACCUAGAUUUCCUGCUCCCAUGGGACCACAAGGCCCAAUGCACCACGAUAUGGAGAUGGGCAUGGAGGACGGACCCCCCAUGAUGCCAUAUGGCCCAGGUGAUGGCUCUGAAAUGAUGGCUGAUGGUCACCCAGAUCAGGGCUUCUAUGAUGAAUACUACCAGGAUCCCAACAUGGAGAUGAUGGGAGAUGCAGGUGGUUUUGACGAAUACAAUGUAAUGCAAGAAGACUCUGCUGCUCUCCAAUAUCAAGAACAUCCUCCAGAACCGGGUCCCGAAACUGAGGAGUCUGGAUCCAACUUCAACAAAGGAAACAUCCCAGAUUUUCUACCCUCAGCCCAGCGGGCUCUUUUCUUGCGUAUCCAACAGAAGCAACAGGAAGAGGAGGAGAGAGCGAGGAGGCUUGGGAACAACCAGCAGGAGAGAGACCACGAGGAAGGUGACACUGUGAACUGGUAUUCAAGUGAUGAGGAGGAAGGGGGAAGCAGUGUGACCUCCAUAUUGAAAACAUUAAGACAGCAGUCUUCCAGCCGCCCUUCCCCUCCAGCUCCGAUCAGAGAAGUUGGUACUGGAGACCCACGCUUGCCGAAAAGUCAGGCUGCCCCAUUCAGCCGUCCUACAGACCCCCGAGUCUCCCGUGAUCCACGCCUGUCCCGGAACACAGAACCCAUUGCAGCCGAAUCUAGUCCUAGUGACCCAAGACUAGCCCGCCACACGACUCAACCUAAACAGGACUCACCUGUGAGCAAAGCCCUUGUAGAAGAGGAAGAGAGUGAGCGAGUGUUGAGGGACAAACCUGUAAAUAUUCCUUUAGAUCCUCUGCCAGGGCUGGCAUUGAGGGACCCUCGCAGUCAACUUCAGCAAUUUAGCCAUAUCAAGAAGGACAUCCAUUUGAACAAACCGGCUUUUUCCAGGUCUGUACUGUGGAGUCCAGAAGAUCUUAUACCUUUGCCCAUACCCAAGCAGGAUUUUAUCCCUGUGCCAGCAGCACUGCAGUCUACGCCAGUUUUGGACCCACGCCUGAACCGUCCAGCCACAUCUGCAGCCCUUGAUCCUCGACAACGAGGGCUUGCAGGUGAAGUUCCGGCAGCUAAUACCAAUCUGCCAGAUUUUGAACUGCUAUCGAGGAUUUUGAAGACCGUUAAUGCUGCUUCUGUUGCCACCCCUAGUCCUCCCGCCCCUUCUGAUAAACCCAGUGACCCACGGACACGAAAAACUCUUACUGACCCCCGACUGCAAAAGGCAACAGAACCUGCAUCUUUAUCAAAAGCAACAGAACCCACACAACCCCAACCCUUGCCACCCCCUACAGAGAGCACACCCACUAUUGCACCAUAUGAUCCCCGACUGUUGACAUCAGGUGGGCUGAGCAAGCCAAGUAGCCAGAGCAAUGUGCUUAGUGGCAUUAGUUUGUAUGAUCCCAGGAUGGGGAGUAAAACUUCAGCUGAAGCUGCCACUAGCGAGACAACCUCUAAGGCACAGGACACAAAACCUGCCAACAAGCCAAAAGAACCACUUUUUGUUCGUAAAUCUGCCCUCGAUCAGCCUGAGGCUGAAAAGCAAACAUCAGAGACUGCUACAGACAGAUACAAUAGCUACAAUAGGCCACGUACCAAAACAACGGCUGCCUCCUCGUUGCCUGCCUCUGAAAGUAGCCAACCUGCUGUCCACAACCUCCCCGUGCCGUCUGUUUACGGUUUGGUCAAGCAGGCCACUAAAUCUGGCAGUGGCAGUCCAUAUGCUGGAAAUAGCCCAACCCAGGACAGUGAGCAAGACGCUGGUUCCCUUAAAGAAGUUUUUAAAGGCUUUGACCCCACAGCGUCCCCAUUCUGCCAGUAGCACUCAGUCAUUGUAUUUAAUGAGGCUGUAUACAGUGUUGAUAAUAACGUAUAUAUAAUUUUUUUAUACUCAUACUCCACCAUGCUCAUGCUAAAUCUUUUGUAUGAACUCACAACUUAAGUGAGCUGUAAAGCCUCAAAGAUCUGUUUUUAACAAACAAUCAGUGUCUCGUGUAGUGACUGACUCAUUGUUUCUGUAUAUUAUUUUAACUCUUAUUUUGAAAUGUAUAUAUGUGUGUAGUGUAUAUACAUACAUUCGUACACAUAGGUUUGUAUAUGUAUAAAUAUCUAUAUCUACAUACAUAUAUAUGAGCAGUCAAGUGUGUGUGUUUCUAUGCUGAUCAAGCAUUUUAUUUAACUCAUCCAGUUGGAAGAUGGUGUCCCAGUAUUGUGGCAUGCGUUGAUUUGUUCUCAAUGCACAGAUCCUUCUGAAAUGGCAGCUAAUCAUUAGCUUAUUGCACCGAAUUCUGGUCCCCUUCAUAUUAUUCUCUGCCCCAAACAGCAGCCCACGUUAAUCCAUUCGUAGGAUUGUAGAGGGAUUUCCUGCAAACUGAAAUCUAUUACUGUAUCCUUCUCGUUGACCAACCAACCUUUUUUAGUGUUGGCAGGUGGUCACUCGUUCUGGACUCUUUGUAAUUGUACAUAUGUUGUUUUUUUAUUUUCUGGUCUUAUAUUUAAUUUUUUUUUUUACCACAUUCUGCAUGUGCUGCAAGAACAAAACCAGCCUGUGGACAAAAUUUUCAAAAUAGAUUUUAUUUAUAAUUUAGAGAAGUGCGCCGUUCAAGUAUUGUGAAAAGGAAAAGGUGUGUGUGUGUCCCACCACGUGUAAAGAAAAGUACAAUGCCGACAGAACAGUUACAAUAAAUACUGACAUUUCUGGAGAUAUCAAAGAAUUUGCGCAUUGUGCCAGUUCUUCAGUUGGCAUCUGGCUAUUGGUUAUAUUUAUAUCUUGUGUGUCACUCAGUUGCUGAUUGCACAGAAUUCUACCUUUUUGUGUAAUCCUGUUUCCACUAAACUGGUGUUUUUCAACCAAAGCCUAAAGUAUUACUAAAAAAAAAAAAAAUUACAUUAAAAAAACUAAGACUAAAUGGCUCGUACAUUGAUCUAAAGCAGGUUUCUCGGAAUUAAUGGCAGUUAACAUGUAGUCCAAUAACUAUAAAUGAUCAGAUACAGGCUGGUGUGUAUAUAAAUGAGAAUAUUCUGGGAAUAAAAAUACAUUUUCAUACAGAA